ACCUUGCAUCAAGUGGUUCAUGUUCGAACGGAGUUUGGGUUGAUAAGCAUUUUCUCUGAAACCUUAUCAAGAAAUUGUCAAGAGCAUGUGUGAAGCAGAAGCCAAAAACGUGGAUUUCAAAACCCGGGCUGAUGAGAUUGUUAAAGAAGCAAACUCAUGGACAGAGAAUGCAACAAAAGGGCUUAUCAAAGACGUUCUUCAACGUGGAAAUAUCAACAGUAAUACGACGCUCCUCCAAGGAAAUGCUCUCUACUUCAAAGGAUCUUGGAACCCUAAUGAAUUUAAUCAUAAAAAGACCGAGAAGAGGGACUUCUACCUUCUCAAUGGAAAAAAAGUUUCAGUUCCAUUUAUGACCGGCAACAAUAAAUAUCUAUAUGCAUCAUUCAAUGGUUUUAAACUCCUCAAAAUUCCUUAUCAACAAGGAGCUGGCCAAUACAAAAGGGAGAUUGCAAUGCAAUUCUUUCUCCCGGACGACAAGGAUGAUUUGCAAACUCUGCUAGCAAUAGUUAAUUCUGAUCCUCAGUUCUUGGACCAACAUUUUAAGCUAAGGGAUAUGAAAUUAGAUGGGUUUUGCAUUCCAAAAUUUAAGUAG